AUGACAUCUUGUGAUGUGGAAGAGACGACUGAGCCCAGCGAGGAGCGCGUGAGAGCCAAUAGUGUUGAAGAGCUUCUGUGUGCAUUAGCGGUGGAUGGAGCUACUCUGGAAACGAUAGCCUUCCACGCCCCCUCCUUCCCUCAUUGUGACAUCUCCUCCUCCCCCCCAGUGCAGUUGAGUCUGAGCUCUGGAGGUUUCACAACUGUCUUUGUUUGGCGCGUGCUGUCUGUUGGCCACAGGGUGGCCCUCCCUCUGCAUGUGCAGGUCAUUACUCGAGGCCAACGGCAACUCCAAACUAACAUGGCAGUCAGACUGUGCGAUGUGGCUUCUCUGCUUAGAAGUGGUUCGUGGGCACCUGAGCCUUGGACUGGGCAGGUAAUUGCUGCCAUGGAGACACAGAUGUCCAAUGGGCCAACUUGCAACAACACGAGCAACGGUCCCUCAACAAUGUCAAACAACUGCUCCUCGCCUGUAGAGUCGGGAAGCAUAGAGGACAGUAAAACUAACUUGAUAGUGAACUAUCUGCCUCAGAACAUGACCCAAGAAGAGCUGAAGAGUUUGUUUGGGAGCAUUGGAGAAAUUGAGUCCUGCAAACUUGUUCGAGACAAAAUAACAGGGCAGAGCCUAGGCUAUGGAUUUGUGAAUUACGUUGACCCGAAAGAUGCAGAGAAGGCCAUCAAUACCUUAAACGGCUUGAGACUUCAGACCAAAACCAUAAAGGUUUCCUAUGCCCGUCCAAGCUCCGCCUCCAUCAGAGAUGCAAAUUUGUACGUCAGUGGCUUGCCAAAAACCAUGACGCAGAAAGAGCUAGAGCAGCUCUUCUCUCAGUAUGGACGCAUCAUUACCUCACGUAUUUUGGUGGACCAGGUGACUGGCGUCUCCAGGGGGGUUGGCUUCAUUCGUUUUGAUCGGCGAGUCGAGGCUGAGGAGGCCAUCAAAGGUCUGAACUGUCAGAAGCCGCCAGGUGCCACUGAACCCAUUACAGUCAAGUUUGCAAACAACCCGAGCCAGAAGACCAGCCAGGCAUUGCUGUCUCAGCUGUACCAGUCACCCAAUCGAAGGUACCCAGGACCCCUCGCACAGCAGGCACAACGCUUCAGGUUGGACAAUUUGCUGAACAUGGCUUAUGGAGUCAAAAGCAGGUUCUCCCCCAUGGCCAUAGACGGGGUGACCAGUUUGGCUGGCAUCAACAUCCCGGGGCACGCAGGCACUGGCUGGUGUAUCUUUGUCUACAACCUGGCUCCAGAUGCAGAUGAAAGCAUCCUUUGGCAGAUGUUUGGGCCGUUUGGAGCCGUCACAAAUGUCAAGGUUAUUCGCGACUUCAACACAAACAAGUGCAAAGGAUUUGGUUUUGUCACCAUGACUAAUUACGACGAGGCAGCUGUGGCCAUUGCUAGCCUGAACGGAUACCGCCUCGGGGACAGAGUUCUGCAAGUCUCAUUCAAAACCAACAAAACACACAAAGCCUAAAACCCACUGCGAUUGUUUGUAGAAAACUCACCAGAAAGUGGAAGCGUAUCAACCGCAACUUUCUACAUUAGUAAAGAGCUUUCUAAUCAAUAUUUGGCAUCCAACAAUGUGGUCAUUUUUUUAAAACUUUUUUUUCAUUGCUCCGCUUUGAAUCUUCAGUAUAGUUUGAAACAAAAAAAUCCUACAGGUUCUAAGGCCUGUGAUGUUUAAUCUUUGCUGUUACAGAUGAACCACCUGAAACGUUACUAUAGGUUUUGUCAUUCUGUUGCACAUUGCUUUGAAGCAGUAAGUCUUGUAAGGUUAUGUGUUGUGAUUUCCUUUGUACUUCUGUGUCCUGAUUUUCCAUAGGUGCGUUAUUCUCUGAGUGAUUAGCAAGUACUUAUUUUGCGCAGUUUUUGGUUUGAUUUUUGACAGUUUAUUGUAAUCUGAGUUGGUUAUUGGUUGGCUGCAUAAUGUUGCUUAUUGUAAAUUUAAUGGAUAAAAAGACAAAAAAAAUUCUUAAAGCAGUACCUUGCCAAAGAGCUAAGAACCUCUUUGAUGUGGGUUUAAAAGCAUCUAUUUUUAUAAAAAGAAAAAUUUGGAGAAACUUUUUACUGGACCUGGAACAAAAUAUUUUGACUUGGAUACUUUGAGAAAUAUCUUCAUAUGACACCUUGUGAGCUUUUGAACUUUACAAGAAAGUUUGCAGUGGUUGACAUUUCUGGAGAGAUUUAUGAUGUAAAAGAUACCUUUUGAGAUCUUUGUAUUAUCUUUAGAUUCUAGAAUCAGUGACAUUGCUGGUUUCAUUUGUAAAUCAUCUGUGGGUCCUCGGUCAUCCCGGUCGUCUGUUUGAGUAGCAACUCACUUUCCGAUUUAGAUUUGGAAACGGACAAAAAUAAAAGGUUUAUUUGCAAAAAGUGCAUGCAAAAUUACAUUAAGGAGAGAUCUUAAAAGGUAAACAAGAUUAAAAAUCAGUUCUGCCACAAGGAAUCCUGUCAGAUGGAUCUCAUGAUGUGUUGUGGUGUACCUACGAUAUGUCAAUGGACUGAUUUUUGUCAACCACAGGGGUUUUUACAUACUUUGUAUGAAAGAUUUGGGACAAGCCGAUGAAGGCAGCCACAUUUAAAAAAGGAGGGAAAAAAAGGUUUGAAGAAUGGGAUGACUCUUGAGCAUUGAGCUGUGUAAAUAAGUCCUUUUUUACGUUGAGUAUUUGGCAGACUUUUUUUGGUCAUAGUUUGGACUUCAUUGGAAAAUGUGACUGUUUUUCUUUUCAUGGAGUAUGUGAGGUAUUUUCUUUUUGAUAUUAACCUCUUUGAUUUAUCCUUUGUUGAAAUACCUGAUUUGUCGUCCUAUGGACUUGCAUUACCGUGCAUCAAAUUUGUUUGUGGUUUGGUCUGUAGAUAGUCUUGCUUCGUUUAAAAAGAAAAAAAACAAAGGUAUUAAACUAUAGACAUUUGUUUUGGGGUUUUUUUUAUAUAUAAACAUUAUAGAUAAAUAUAUUUAUGUGGUAAAGAAUGGAUAUAAACCACAGUUUUGAACUACUUUACUUUUUUUCAUACUCAUAUAUAUAUAUAUACGUAAUGCAUAUAACCUGUCUUUAAAAUCGUAAAAAGGUGUAUAUUGCUUUAUUCUCUUUGGGGAAGGACAGUGAAGCAGUUGCAUUAGCGAUGGUAAAAUUGGUUGCUAAAGUUUAACAAACAUCAAUCUUGACCAAACAAAUUGAGGCUUGUCGAGCCUUAGAUGCACUAAAACUGCACCUGCUUGGUACUUCAGCCAGCUACUAGUCAUGCUUCCCCUUAAAUGAGCAGUGUGCUAUGCAUUAUAGAAUUCUUUGCAACUGCUUUUUCUUUAUCUAUUUCUUCUUUGUGUUUCUUGUAAAAGUUAAACUUUAAGUCUAGAUGAGUUGUGAUACUUGCUGCUGUGGGGAAGAGUGCACAUUUUUCAUGCCUGACCAGUCAUUGUCAAAAAUCACUUUCCUUUUUGUAACCUCAUGAUGAUUUUGGUCUUGGCAAAUUGUGUAGAAGGUCUGGCAUGAAAACGUGUUCCCUCCAACCCCUCUUAUCUCAAUUCCUAAUGAGAAUGAUUAUUUAUUUGAAGUUGUAUAGUCUGACUUGGUUCACAGCAUUUUUGGAAUAGAAUAUCUUUUGUUGACUAUUUAAAAGGAUGUACAUGUUCUUUACUUUGUUUGGAUACUUUGUAUUAUUUCAAUGUUAAGUACAUCAAUAAAAUAAGUUUGAAGGGCAACACAGCUUAUUGGA